UUUGAGCCAUGAUGUUGAAUUUUGAGCCUGAAUAAACCUGAAAAUCUUGAUAGCUACAAUAGCCUAAUACCUUGAAAAUAUUUUAAGGUUAUUUAUUAAUCUGUUUAAAUCUAAUUCACGAGAAACGUUUGGCAUUGAAUCGAUAUCUCUUGUCAGAUCUGUAAAAACAAAAAAUCAAUUGUCUAUCAUACAAAUUGAGUAUCAUUUGCCGUCUACUUUACAUGGUACAUCAAUAGUGAUGGUUAACGAAAGAAACUCAAAGUUAAGCGAGUUAAAAUAAAUUAUGGAAGAAAUGAAGUUAACUAAAUCAAUCAAUCUUGAUUUAGAUUGCCUUGAGGGAAGAUUGGGAUAGACUGAGGUAGCAAGUCCUGAUCCAGAAGCAGUCUUGUUUCACCGGUAAACACUGGUCAAAAUGUAUUCACUUCUUUCUCCAUUUUUCUAAAGAAAUGCUUGUUUUUGUGUUUGAUUAUUCAAUUUAAAUUGAAUUAUUUAAUCAUCGUCAUGUAAUUAAUAAAUUUAUUGUUUAUUAAUUUGUCUUGAAACUUCUGUAAAUGUGUAUUUCCAGGAUUCAAUCUUGUUAACCCAAAAGUGUGUUUUUGUUUGGCUUGCUUUUUCCUUUGUUCUUCUAUCUUACCGGCGUCGCCAACUCUGUCUUUACUAAAAAUUGUAUAUUCUUAUUGUCAUUUAUUUGCUUCUGAUUAUUGUUUAAUUGUUACUUAGUUGUUAUUAAUAAGCACCUGUUUAAUUACUGGCAACUAUCUGUCAUUAAAUAUGUCUAAUUUAAGGCCAAAAAUCCUUCAAAAGAUUGAAAAAGCGCUCAAUGAAAUGUCAUACCGAGAUGCCAUUGAAAACUCUUCAAAGUAUAAUAAUCAGUUGGUUGGCGAUCGGAAAACACGCUUACCUUUUAUUGAUGCUCAAACUGGUGUUGCUCAAAAAGACUGUUACCUUUGGAUGAAGAAAUGGCAAAGAAUGCCUGGCACAAAUUAUGGACAAUUGUAUACUUAUCCGUCCAACAGUUGGAAGAAAAAACGACGUGGCUAUUUACUAAAUCAACCCUACAUGUGCCGUGAUCGAACCAAUGAAUUUUCUGAUAAGAAAGAGUCUUUUGCCAAUGGAACUGACGCUUCUCAAUCAAGACCUGAACAAUCUGAGAAUAGUUCUGACAAAUUUGUGGAUAACUCUAAAGAUGCUUGGGUUUACGCCGACUAUGAGGACAGCAUUGAUUUGAUUGAAGGAGAUUUUGAAGAUCCUAAUUCGGACGGAGAUGAUUACGACGAGUUUACUGUAAAGCGAAGAAGAAGAAGAAAAGAAACGACUAGGCGCCGAAGAGGGCAGUCUGAUCUUCAAGAUGCUGAUAAACCAUAUGCUUGUGAUCUCUGUGAUGCUCGGUACAAAACGCGACCUGGGUUAACUUACCAUUAUGCUCAUAGUCAUGUAAACUCAACUGAUGGAGACAAACCAUCUAAAAGUUCAACUCCUGUAUCAAUUAUCGACGAUGAAGAAAAUUCAAGAUCUAUGCCUGGUACACAUAAUCAUUCUGGUAACAAUUCAAAUCAAGGAUCUGCAAAUGAUACUCAAGAGCAAUCUUCAUCCACCGCUAAAGGAAAAAACUCAGCUGCUGCUCCGAGCCCUUACUGUGAUUUCUGUCUUGGUGACUCUGAAGAAAAUAAAAAGAGCAGAUCACGCGAAAAAAUGGUAUCCUGUUCUGACUGUGGAAGAUCUGCUCAUCCAACAUGCCUUCAGUUUACUCCACAAAUGAUUCUUUCUGUGCAAAAAUAUCGAUGGCAGUGCAUUGAAUGUAAAUCAUGUGGAUUAUGUGGAACUUCUGACAAUGACGAACAGCUUCUUUUCUGUGAUGACUGUGAUCGCGGAUAUCACAUGUUUUGCCUCAAUCCUCCUUUAUCAGAACCACCUGAAGGUUCAUGGAGUUGUCAUUUAUGCAUUGAAGAGUAUCAUAAACCACAAACCAAGAGUGAAAUUCCUGAAGAGGCUAACAAAAAAGUGGAAAAGGAAGAAAAAACAACGAGUACAAAUGAUGUUGAAGUAAAGAAGAGAGAGAAAGAAGAUAAAUCCAGGGAGAAGGACAAACCAGAUGGCGAGGAGAAAAUAAAAAAUGAUGUCGAAAAACAACAAGAUGGUUCUACAAAAUUAGUCAAGGCUUCCAACAAUGUAAAUGAACCGAACAAGGCUGGAAGCAAAGAUGAACUGAUUAAAGUUAUACAGGAAGAACCAAGAAAACAAAGUCAAUCUGAAAAUAAGGAAUCAAAAGAAAAGGAUAAAAACAAAGAAAGCGAAGACUCUAGUAAGAAAAGCGAAAAAUUGGAUGAAUCUUCACCAAACCCACCGAAAAAGGCUUAAAGAGUAUCUAAAAAUUCUCGUCUUAGCUUUAUAUUGAGCAUUUAAAGCAUCAAAUCGACUGGCUGAUUGAUUUUUUUUCAGUUGUUUGUCAACAAUUAAAAUCUAGUCAGUUCGUUGAAAACCAAAAUGAGCCAAAAACAUUUGGUAAACAAUUGGAUUUCUGCAUACUAUUAAAUUAGAUGGUUUAACUGGCUUAAUUUAAUUGUAGUAUAAAAUCUGCUGUUUCAAUCUCUCAUUAACAUUUAAUGGUAAUUUGUAUUAUCGUAUUUCUAAUUUGGACUAAAUGUAAUAGGUAUUUUCUGUGAUUAAAACUGACUAUUCAAAAUUUGUUUUGUAA